GACCAAUGUGAAAAUGCCACCGUGUGAAUGCCGCCUGCAGUCGUGUUGUUACAUUUCACAUUAUAUUACAGGUUUAUCCUUUGCGCGAGUGUCAUACGUCUACCCAUCCCACUGGCGUGAUCCUGUCCUUGUGAUCCUUUAAAAAUGCAUUGUUCCCCCCACUUGCCAGAGUAGGAGGACUUCACAAACCCCUGUUCAAUAGGUGGUGGCGAUUCAAACAUUGCUCAUGAUCUGUCGACAAAGAAGAAGUAACUAGACGACUAUUACUAUUUUCCAGAGAACGUGGAACGUGGAGGGGAUUGAAUUGUGUAGGCUAGUAUUGUCACAGAUUCUUCCAGGAAGGGCGUGUGGAGAAAAUGUCCAAGACCAAACGAUCAAAGUCCUCGAGACGAUGCAUCUACAAAAAGGAAUGGGAAGCCGAAAAGCCAUGGGUCAGAGCGGGCAAAGACGAAAAGAGAGCUUUUUGCACAAUAUGCUGCCGAGAAAUAACGGUUAACCAUGGUGGCUGGAAUGAUAUAACUCGACACGAAGCGACAGGUAGACAUCAAAAGGCUGCAAAGGCAACACAAGGCGCUGCUGCGGAGCUGACAUCGUCCUUGCGGAUGUGGGUCCCACCUUUGAGACUAUUGUCAGCGUCCAUUUGGCAAGUGGUCCAGCAGCGGCAAGUCGAGUCCUACCACAGGGUGGAGGAGUUUGUUUCUGUUGUUUUGGAGUUGGUCCCUGACCUACUGAGCACUGAGGAAAAGACUGAACUGCUUCUUGGACUGAGAACGAAGUUUUUGUUAGAAUUAUGCCAUGAUCAGCCAUCAAUGACCAGACAGAUGAUACAGCCACACCUGGAAAGAGUCUCAAGGAUUGCUGAAAGCUCUUUCAGUGAUGGGGAGAUGGACCAGACCGUUGAUGAUGCUGUGAGGAACUUUGUGGAUCUCAUCCAGGCCCUUGUGAAGAGCCCUGAGUAUAGAAGACAUUACUUCCAAGACACCUACCCAUUGCAUUAUGGCCAGAGAUUUGACACAGCUCUGCAGUCUCUGGUGGAAGAGUUCCUGUCCAGAUUGGAAAUGUUGCUACCAGUGCCAAGCUUCUAUCAGGUAGCCGAUUGGUUUGAUGAAAGCCCUUGGAUCUUGGAGGAUUGUCUACAGAUGGUUCAUGACCCAAAACAUUUUCAGAAGUUCUUCCUUCUGUGCAAAGAUUUAACACAUCUGAAGUCAGACUCUUCAUCACCUCCAAUCGUGACCAACACUAUUCUCUCCACAUUAUCUGAUUCACCUAAUGUGCAAGGAGUCCUUAUUGCCUCUGGAAAAUCAGAUAAUUCUUUAGCAACACCUCAUGAAUCCCCAAGUCAGAACGAGUCAAACCAACCUGGAGACUCAAACGAUGAGGACUGGAGUGGAGAUGUGGAUGAAGGAGACCCACAGAGAGACUCGGAUGAAGGACAGAAUGACGCCAGUCAACACAACCAACAGAGUGACCCAGAACAGUGUAGCCAAACAUCAUUUAGUGAAACAGAACUGAAUGCGACAAAUGGACUAAACGGUGCUGUUGACCAGAUUGUAAAUUGCGAGAACAAGGGGAAGGACCCACCAUCCACAAGAGAAGAGAAUGUGUUAUCCCCCACAGUUCAAAGCAGCUUGCACAAGGUGGCUGUCUACCCAGCAAAAACACAUUAUGGUGCAUUCAGGUGCACCAAAUGUGGCAAAGUCUAUUUGAGUAAAGGUUGGCUGAACAGACACAAGAAAAUCCACAAACAAAUGAGUUCUGAUUUUGAGAAGGCUGUAAAGAACAAGACUAAGGAGAAGGACCCGCCGUCCACAGGAGAGGAGAAUGCAUUAUCCACCUCUGUACAAACCAACGUAGACAAGGAGACUGUUAACCCUGAGAGGACAGAGGAUGGGGCAUUACGUUGCACUGAAUGUGGCAAAGUCUAUUUGUUUGAAAAUAGUUUUGAGCGACACAAGAAAUCCCAUGCAGUAGAGAAGAAUGUAUCGCGACAGAGUGGAACUGCCACCACAGCACACAACCAGCCAGACAGACAAACAGCACGAGACAAAACACCACGAUUGUAUGCAUGCUCCAAAUGUGACAAAAUCUACCAAAAGAAAAUAAGCCUUGCAGAACAUGAGAGAAUUCACACUGGAGAGAGACCUUAUGAGUGCUCUUACUGUGGCAGGACCUUUAGAUUGAAAUGUAUAUUAACAGAACACAUACGAACCCACACAGGGCAACGACCCUAUGAGUGCUCAAUAUGUGGAAAGCGGUUUAAACAGUCAACAAGUCUUGUUGCUCACAAGCGAAUACACACUGGUGAGAAACCUUACUUAUGCUCUUUCUGUGGUAAAGGUUUUCCCUCCUCAGGAGCAUGUUUAAUUCACACACGGACUCAUACUGGAGAACGUCCGUACAAAUGUGAGUUUUGUGAGAAAGCUUUUACAAUGUCGUGUCAUUUGAAAAUACACAGGAGACUCCAUACAAACGAGAAACCUUACCCCUGCACUUUGUGUUCAAAACGGUUCCGCAUGCAAGUUCAAUGGAAGAGACAUAUGCGGACACACACGGGGGAGAAACCGUAUGAGUGCUUGGCGUGUGGAAAGAAGUUUUCAGUGCAAUACAAUAUGAAAGUUCAUUCACGUGUUCAUAAAUGAUAUCUGGGUCUACCACCCAGUAUAUUAAGGCAGUUGUUAUUAAGCAGUUUUGUACCUAGCAUUACAUCAUGUAUCGCAUUGCAUACAUAUACCUUUGUCAUGGCAUUGCUACCACAUUUGUCCAUUAUCUCUGGGAUGUGGUGUUAAGUGUUUGUAUGUGUGAAUGAACAUGGAAAGCAGACCUUUGACUGGUGUGCAUCAAUAAAAGUGUGUACCUAUUGUA